GGUUAGGGGGAACCGAGAGGGUGAAAACCACCCUGCCGAGCGGCCGGGGCGGAGAGGAAACCUGCGCCCAGAGCCACGUGCUGGAGCCGGCGCGGGCUGGGUGGCUCUCGGAGGAUGGGGGCGGGGGAGGCCGCUGCUGGGAAAGGCCCCAGGCCACGUUUCUGGGGGAGGAGAAGCGCCGCGGGUGGACACGCUCGGCCGCAGGCCCGCCGGGGACCUUCGUGUCUGGAGAAGGCGGCCCAAGAUCCCUCUGAUGGGAGCAGCUCUGGCCGAGCCUCGGAGGGCCGGCCCUGCCUGCUCGGGAAUGGCCUUGCAGAAAUGCCCUGGCCUAACCUAGUUGCCUCCUCUGACCGCGGUGGUAUGGGGUUAGGGCUGAAGGGUCCUCCAUCUCACACACCCCCCCCCCCCCACCACCACCUCAAAGAGGAUAUCUGUCCAAGGAUCGAAGAAUUUGAGAGGCUGAGUAAACAGGGUGGGUGGCUGUCCAGUGAAAGUGAGGGGAGUGAUAGGAAGAAAGGAAACACAAAAAGAAGGAAGGAGAAUCCUAACCCUGCCAAGGACCUAACCGCAGUCCUUGCAAAGGUGAGUUUCCUGUUACCUGAGGUACCAGGCCAAAAUCCUGAGGAGAGAAAAUGGAUUAGCUGCAGGAAGGAAGGUGGAGUCUGGGCUUUUUUUGCUCUGUGUAAGAGGCUGGAGUCUCUGAAGGCGAUGGUCUGCCACUGUCCGGGUUCAGCAACCACUUUGAGAGGCUGCCUUCCUGUGGUUCUAGGAUGUGAAAGUGAAAGUCGCUCAGCAGCGGUGUCCCACUCUUUGCGACCCCAUGGACUAUACAGUCUGUGGAAUUCUCCAGGCCAGGAAACUGGAGUGGGGAGCUGUUCCCUUCUCCAGGGGAUCUUCCCAACCCAGGGAUCAAAGCCAGGUCUCCUGCAUGGCGGGCGGAUUCUUUACCAGCUGAGCCACAAGGGUUCUAGGUUGCUCAAGGACAAAAGACCUUUUAAAGAGCACCCGCUUGCACCUAGAAGGUCCCUGACCCUUUGCCCUGCCCCUGUCAGACAGGACGGAAUGGAGAGGAGCCAGGAAGACAGAAAGGCAGCAGACCUCCACAGGCGCCUGGGUUUCCUCCCCGCCCAGUCCAUCUCAUCUCACCCCACCCUACACAACUGCCGUGGGUGGGGGGCUUCCAGCUGGAAUUCAUUCUCAGUCUCUCUGGGAUUUGACUUGUCCUUCUUUCCAAAGCCACAGCUCAGCAAGUGAUGCCAGCCCCGGGAGGGGGUGCCCGGGUCUCAUCUUGCAGGCAGGAGCACAACAGCUGGGUGCCCAGAACCCGUCCGGAUCUGCGCAGAGCUGUUUGUCAGUGCGGCCUCCCAGGACCACGUGAGCUACCUCUCACCCCGUGUGACCCUCCUUCAGACCCUGGCAGAGCAGAGCUCCCGGCCCCCUUCCCCUCGUGCACAGCCUUCUCCCAAGUGUGCAGGAACAUCAACGGUUGCAGCUAUAAUCGUGGACCUCCUCCAGUAAUAAGUGUCUCCCCAGCCGGAUCAUGCUGUCUCCUGCCUGACCCGGACCGGGUGAGCAGGAAGCGCUUCUCUGCCUCAGAGUUCUCUCCAGGCCCCUAGUGCUCAGGGGUUGGGGGCCGUCAGCAGCCACGGCUCUGUCAGCCUCGGGAGCCAGCCCCAGGGCCCUCUCCUCCCCAGGAGCCAUCCUCAGAAUCAUCCCGGGUCUGCAGCCAGCAGCUCCCGAGGUCGCCCUUCCGGCGGAGCCCAGGCCUCCUCCCUAGUGCCCUGCCCUCCUCCGGGCGGCUGCAAGCUGUGAGGAAGGGUGGGGCGGCUGGAGAAGAAAGGCGGGGAGCCCCUGGGUGGGGUGGCUGCAGGUGGGCAGGGCCUGGGCGAUCGCCAGAACAAACCAGGGCCAGCGCACUCCCCUCUGGCCACAAAGGGCUCGGUAUGAGGGACACGCCCGCCCCGUGUGCAAGUGGGAGGCUCACGUUUCCUGACAGAGGAGGCGCCCGUUCCCAGACCUGGAGGCUGAAGCCUGCUGGGCAGGCGGCCCCCGCCCCAGCCGUGGGCUCCUGGUGACCCGUCUGGGUGGCUUCAGCCCCUCUUAUCCUCUGGUCUGCACAUGAGGGUGGAGAAAGGCCUGGACAGGCCGCUUAACUCCACAGCACAUGGGCAUCUGCCUUUUCUUCCUCUGAGAACGAGCCUUCCUAGGUCCACUCCCCUCCCCCACACAGAGACACUCAUGUGUGCGCUCACACAGACACACAUUCAUUAGCUCCCAGUCUAAAUGAGAGAAGGUCCCGCCCAACCGGACUCAGACUAGCCAAUUCUAUUGUGCAGACCCUUCCACUUCCCCCAGGCCAUUGCCUCAAAGAAGUUAGACUAGGCCCCAAAGAAGUCAGGCCUAGCAACGUGUAAUAAGAACUGUUGGACUGACCACAGUACAUCUUUGCUGAUUCUCACGGAUCUCCUGGGGUGGCUAUGCCGUGCCAUGGAAAAGGAUGGGUCAGGAAGUUACUGAAACCUUCCCUGCGCCUGGUGGGCUUUGGGUUUUACAACGAAAGAGUUGGUAAAUCAACUCUAAUAAAAAAGGUAAAAAUCAGAUGAAAAAAAGUUAAGAGAACACUUUGUCUAUUCUCUCUUCAUCAGUCAGUCAGGCUGAGAGCCACAGGGUCGCAGGGCGGUCCACACAGCCCUGCAACCCUACUGCAUCGUGUGGGCCCUGCGGCCUCUGCAAGCAGGAGGGGCAGGCAUGGUCCUCUGACCACUGCUGAAGCCAGUGGUAGUGGAUGAGAAGUGGGCCGUCUUUGAAUGUAGGGCUUUUCUCUGUCCUCUGCUCUGAACUAUGAAGAGGACAUUCAUAUAUUGAACAUAUUUCUUGGACACCAUCUAGAAAAUAAAUAUUUCCUGCUCUCGGGAGCUUACAUUUGACACAAAAGCCUGGGAGCUUCUCUGCAUUCAUUUCCUAUAGCUGCUAUAACAAAGCACCCCAGAUUGGGUGGCUUAAGCAACAGAAAUGUUAUUUUCUCACAGUUCUAGAUGUUAGCAAUCCAAGAUCAAGGUCUUGGCAGGGUUGGUUCCCUCUGAGUCACCCCGAUUUCUCCCUGCGUCUUCACAUGGUGUUCUCUCUGUGUGUCUGUGUCCAAAUUUCGCUUUUUUAUAAAGACACCACUCGUAUAAAAUUAGAGCCCACCCUAAUGGCCUUAUUAACUUCAUUAUCUCUGGAAAGACUUUAUCCUCAACAAAUGUCACGUUCUGAAGUACAAAGGGCUAGGACUCCAGUCUGCUUUCUUCCCUGGGAGGUGGACACAAUUCAAGUCAUAACAACCUCUACAGAGACGUGUAGGAAAGUAUGAAGGCGAGUCAGUUGCCUUUGAGGUGGCUUCAGCCUCCUGCUUCUUCAAGGUCUCUGGUGAAUGUAUCCGAUUGGUGGAACCUGGGUCGUGAACCUGUGCCCCGCUGCAGGGCAGGCUGGGAAAUGCAGUUUCUGGCUUCUCACCUUGGGGAGGAUGGGCGUCUAAUGUGGGAUUCUACCCAAAUACAGGAAGAGCCUUCAAAGGAUUCAUGGGAAAGUGGCCACAGAGCACAGGAGGAGUCUAUUAUGUAGGUGCUUUCAGAUUUUCUCCAAGGGGACCCGAAAGCAGAGGAUCAGAACAACCGUGCCGAUGCUUUGUCUCCCCUUUAGUGCCUGGUGUUGUGUGCUGCCCGCUGCAGAGACCAGACAUUGGUGACCACAGAAGACAUCUGGCAAGUCUAGAAAAUGGUGAACAGCUAACGUUUAAUAAGCAUUUACUAUGUGCCAGGAAUUUUCCUGAGCUCCUUAACAUGCUCCUUACUUGCCUCAUUUCAUCCUCGAAGCAGCCUUAGGAGGCAGAGCUGAUGAUUACCUCCCUUUCCCAGGUUCCUGCCUCCUCUGCUGCCCCUAAGACUUGGCUCGUGACUGUGAAAUUUCCACUAGAAAAUCAUGCUGAAAGGAAACAGCUGUACUCCUCUGUGUCCACGCCGGGAACCCCAUCUCCUGGGCUCUCGACCCUCCUCUCACAGAGCUGAGUGAGCACUUGGGCAAGACCAUGGUGGUCUCUCGGCAGUACAUUGGGGAUUGUCCCUGGUCCCUGCUCUUGGAUGGCUCACUUGGUGAUUCCUGACGGACUGCAAACCAGCCUCUCAAACCCAGCCUGUGUGGUGGGUUGAGUUUGGUUAAACUGGAGGAUGUAGGCCACCAUAAUGCACCAUGCCUACCCCCCGGCUGACGCCGUGACUUGUCCUUGCCCCCUUAGCCCUUCUUAGAUGUCCCCCACAGAGGGUUCAAGCCUUCCUUAUCUUGGGCAUUUCUCAGAGUGUCUUUGGCACUCCAGCCCCCUUGGGUCACCAUUCCACCCCCUCAACACCUCACAGCAGUAGGAUGACAAGAAACCUCUGAGAAUGGGGAGAGCGUGGGGGCUGGGAGGUGAGAGGGAAGGCUCUGCUUCUUCCCGUCAUGAACUUCCUUUAUUGACUCACCCGUGUGUGUUGGCUGGAUGGGGAAACACGAGAGGAGAUGGCUGGACGUGGUAAUACCAGCCUGGUGGCUCUUGGCUCCAAGUCUGUUCACAGAUGUUUGUUAACCAGACAUCGUCAGAAAGGACUUCCAAGCUCUACUUGCACCUCCUCUGCUGAGGGUUGACUCAGUAGCAUUUCUCAGAAGCCCCUUUCUUCUGUCACAGCUUGCAACUCCUCUGAGACUCCAGAAACAUCCAGCCUACGCAACGUCUUUUCUUGACGGAAGCGUGGCCAUUGGAACCAUACUGCCUGGGUUCCCAUCCUGGCUCUGAACCCUCUCAGACUUAGGGGUGAUCCUCAAUCCCUCUCUGCCUCAGAUCCCUCUCCUCUGAUGUGGGGACGAGAGCAUCUAUGGCCCAGAGUUGUUAUUGGGAUUGCAAUGUUAUCAGCUGUAAAAGACUGAAAAUAGUACCUGGUACGUGGUAGGUGCUGUGGAAGUGUUAGCAGCUGUCUUAUUAUUACUAUUACGGUUCUUUUCUUUCUCCUCUUCCCUUUCCUUCCACGUGUCUGGUCCCAUCUUUAUCAAUGCACUGUCCUCCAAAGCCUCGGGGGGCUGGCUGGGCAGAGCUGUGCUUACAGAGUGGUGUGGGGGCCUUGGAAGGCUGGAGACUCUCGCACAGAGAUGAACAUGUGCCUCUGAGAAGGGGUGGGGACCCCUGCAGAUGGUUCUGAGGUGGGAAGGAGCAAGUCACCCUCUGCUCUACUGAAAGGAGUACAGCUGCCUACAGCAAGGGGCGUGUCUCCUGGUGGUGAGGGAACCUUGGUUCGGGUCCAGAUAGUUCAGUUCAGAGAAAAAUGCAUCAGUCAGAGGACUUCUGAGUGUGUCCGGAUGGAGGUGAGGCCACACACCUGGUCUCUCACCUGGGAUGAAACUGUGCAACUCCGAUGGAAUUCAAACCCAGCUCAAGCUCUGAUUGAGAUUUGAACCCGUGAGCUGGGACUUGAACCCACUGUCUUCUCAUUGAAAUCACACACCUGGUCUCAGGAUUUAAUGAAGAUCAGGUUCUUUGUGUCUUGGUGUAGAAAGAUUUCAUUGAGAGGCAAAGUGAUAGGUAAGAAGUGUCAAUAGAUUGAGAGGUACACACUCCACAGAGUGUGGGCCAUCUCAGGUGGCAAGAGGCCCCAAAAUAAGUGGUUAGUUUUUAUGGGCUGGGUAAAUUCUUAGGCUGAUGAGUGAGAGGACUGUCCAGUCAUUUUGGAGAAGGGGUGGGGAUUUCUAGGAAUUGGGCCGCUGCCCACUUUUUGGUCUUCUGUGGUCGUUCUGUCACAGCACCCGUGGGUGUGUUGUUCAGCAUAUGGAUAUAUUACAGUGAGUGUAUAAUGAGGCUCAAGGUCGACUGGAAGUCAAACCUUCCACCAUUUUGGGUCUAGUAGAUUCUAAUUAGUUUAUGUUGUAUCCACAAUGACUAUGUCAUUCUCUUAAAGGUUAUAUCCUGUCCCCUUCCCUCUUGUUUCAGAGGUUGCAAUUAAGACACUCAUACAAUAGGACUCUAGUGGGUUGAUGGGUGGCUCCCCAAGAAAUAUGUCCAUGUUCUGGCCCCCAAAACCUGUGAAUGUGACCUUGUUUUUAAACAGUCUUUGCAGAUAUCAUUAAGAAUCCUGAGAUGAGGUCAUCCUGGAUUAUCUGGCUGUGUCCUAAAUCCAAUGACAAGUGUCCUUGUAAAAAGUAGAAGAGGAGAAUUCACAAACACAGAGGAGAAGGCCAAUGAAGACAGAGACAGAGUCUGAAGCUAUGCAGCCAAAGAAAGCCUGGAGCCACCAGAAGCUGGAAGGGAAACUUUGGAGAGAAUGCAGCCCUGAGGACAACUUGACCUUGGAUUUUUUUGCUCCCAGAACUGUGAGAAAAUUCAUUUCUGUUGUUUUAAGCCACCCAGUUUGUGGUAAUUUGUUUCAACAGUUACAGGAAAUUAAUAACAAGGACCAAGUGCAAACCACAGCCCAUCUGCACCCCAAAAGGAAAAGGAAAAGAUAAGGGCCCAUGGUUUGAAGUGGCGAAGGCAGAGAGAAAUGAAACUCAAAGGAUCGAUGAAGGACUUUCAUCGAUUGCUGCAUGUGACGGAGCGGGUUGUGCACUGCAUAGCACUGGGUGUCAUAUACAGCAUGGUUGCAGAUCUAAGUAUUUAUUGCUUGGUUUUUCCCUGCAGGCGUCAGUAAGGUGUCUCAAGGAAGGGGUGCCUCUUAGUAAAGCAUAUAAAAUUACGCUAUGGCCUUGUUGGUUUUAGUGAGAAAUAUGUAGAAAGCCCUGUCCAGUGGAACUUUCUGCAAAGAUGGAAAUGUUAUGCUGU